AUGCCCUUUGCCUUUCGCCACCAGCCUCUUCACUCUAUCUAUCUCGUUGGGAACAUUCUCAUCCUCCUCCUCGUCCGAUUGCCCUUAUGGACUCUCGCCAAUCUGAUCCCUUCCUGGCGCCCCCGACCCUCCUGGAGUCUGGGAAGGGUGCUCAUCGUCUCUGGAUAUCGCGCCUUCUUGGACAUCAUGUACAGCACCACUCUCAUGGGGUCUGAAUCUCUCGAGAAAGCUGCAUUGUCUGCGCAGUCUCUGGGAUUCGUUUGGGUUGAGGCUGCACCCGAUUUUGUGUUGGGUGAGAUACGCGAAAUUGCAGACGCGAACAGUGUUGAGGCUUGUAGGACUGGCGGUUUCUGGUAUGGUCCCACAGCGUCGGGUGAGGCAGGACGGAAGGCAUCACCUGGCGAGAAAGUCAUCUAUCACCUGCACGGUGGCGGCUAUAUGAGCUCAGUGCAUCCGUCAAAUUUGUCCAUGAUAACGUGCUUCAAGGGCUUCCUGGAGUUCUUUCCCCACAACCCUCGCAUCUUCACCGUCGAAUAUCAGAUAUCAUCAGCCCCUCCCUUCAGCGCAUCGAACCCAUUCCCAGCUGCAUUAAUCGAUGCAGUCGCAGGUUAUCGAUAUCUGGUUGAAACACUUGGAUUCUUGCCCUCCAAUGUCAUCAUUAGCGGUGAUUCUGCAGGAGGUCAUCUCGCCUUCGUCCUCGCACGCUAUCUCGCCAUACACGAGCUACCCAACCUACCUGUUCCUGGAGGACUGCUCCUCCUUUCUCCGACAGUUGACUGGGCUGUCACUCACGUGGGACCUAAUUCCUCUAUGUGGAAGAAUACUCGUUCAGACUUCGUUCACGCCAUCUUUACGAGCGAGUAUUCGAAGAAUGCCCUCCUGGGAACUCUGCCUUCUUCUUCCGCUGCCACCAGUCCCUGGAUUUCCCCGGCGUCACUCCAGCUGAAGGUGACACCAGGUAUGUAUGCUGGGCUUCCGAAGACAUGCAUUGUAGCUGGUGGCGCUGAGAUGACCCUCGAUCCGAUGCGCACGCUUAGAGAUAGAAUGCAGGAGGACAUGGGCACACGCGAUGUCACGUAUAUUGAAACGCCAGAUGCAACGCAUGAUUUUUUCACUGCUUCUUGGCAUGAGCCUGAACGAACCAACACACUUCGAGAGGUUGCCGACUGGGUCGGAAGCUUCCUCCUACUCAAGAACUCUUCCACAGGCGGCCUCUUUCUUGGCAUGCGUUUGCGACUACCCGUUAUAAAGCGUUUGAGGAGAUGA